ACACGUGGCUAAUGCAUCAUUACAGCCAAAAUGAGCAGGCCAAACUCUAUUCUAUAAUUUAACAACUCAUGAUCCAGCUUGAUUGAUUUUAAAUUAAGAAAUUGAAAAAUAUGUCAAGAUCAUAUCUUUAGAACUAUAUUAUAUAACAAAACAAGUGGAUAAAGAUUUGAUCAGAGGCUAUAAGAAGUUUCUUGGAGUUGUCAAUUGAACAAGAAAAGGUCAUGAAGCAGAGAGGUUUUAUUGCAAUGAAGACUGAUACAAUGGCCAGUGAAGUUCUGAGUUCUGAUUUUAAAGAACUUGGUGAAGUUGCUAAAAAACUAGCUAAUCAUGCUGUUACGCUUGGUGGGCUUGGAUUUGGAACCUCUUUUCUGGCAUGGGUUGCCUCUUUUGCAGCUAUUUAUCUGUUGAUCCUGGAUAGAACCAACUGGAGAACCAAGAUUCUGACAGCACUUCUAGUCCCUUACAUAUUCUUGACUCUUCCUUCGAUACUCUUCAACUUGUUCAGGGGAGAAUUCGGUAAAUGGAUUGCUUUUGUUGCAGUAGUACUGCGCCUGUUCUUUCCUGAUCAUGUCCCGAAACAUCUGGAAAUGCCUGGCGCGUUGAUCCUUAUUCUAGUAGUGUCGCCUAGCUUCCUUGCAGAUACCAUAAGAAACGACUGGAUUGGCGUAGCGAUAUGCCUUGGCAUCGGGUGUUACUUGUUGCAAGAACACAUACGCGCAUCUGGAGGAUUCAGGAACUCAUUCACGAAGAGCCAUGGCGUUUCAAACUCGGUUGGCAUUAUUCUUUUGCUGGUGUAUCCAGUCUGGUCUCUAGUACUCAUACUCCUAUAGAUGUCUUGUUUUGUUUGCAGCUUGCUAUAUGUUUGUAUGUUUAUAGUGUUGUUUGCUUGAGUGUAAUAAAUCAACAGCUUGAGCUGAUUUCUGUUUGUUA